AUGCAACUACACUUCCCACCUGACCGCCAAUGUCUCUUUUCUUUCCCCUCCCUUUUACUCAAGAUUGCGAAGACGAUUCAAGUGGGCGGGCCUUACAGGUUGUCGCCGUGGGGCCCGCUGACGAUUAAGUGGAAGUGCCCACCUAUUGAAGUGGGCGACAAGCUGGUUUUUAAAUGGACACAGCGUUCUGAUAUCCAUCAGUUUAUCACUCAAUACACCGAUCCAACAACAUUCACCCAACCCAAGUACUGGGCCCAGUGCAAGACCAGCAAGGCCACUAAGACUCUCAAGAAAGCAUCGAAAUCGGGAAGCUACACCUACACUGUUUCAAAAGACGACCAUUUCAAUCUCAUGUUUGCGAGCGGCGUCGGCAAUAUGUGCAAGCGGGGACAACGCUUCCAGUCGCCUAUUCCCAAGUGUACUAACUCUGCUGGGUGUAUUGGUCUUUGA